CUUUUUUUUGGAAAGGAGAGACAGACCGAGGGGGCGAGGGGUUUGGUUGCUCAGAAACCCCUAACGAAACCCUAACGUACUUAUUACUCAUUUCUAGUUUCAGAAAGCGGAGAGAAGUUUUAGAUCGGUUUCUUCUCCUUGUCUGUGCGUAUUCUGGUUUUUAUUGGUCUGGUGGUUCACUGUGUUUGAAUCAUGUUGAAAGUGGUGACCCCCAAAACAAAGAGAGCAGUGAGGGCACUCGAAAAGCGUGCCCCAAAGUUGGUGGAAAAUGCGAAGAAAACACUCAUACUUCAGGGCACAAAGACUAGUAAAGUAUUGAAUGAGGUUCUUGGUGAUAUAUAUAAUCUAAAAAAGGCAAAUGGGGGAGCUGUCAGAUACACUCGGAAGAAUGAAAACAUCAGGCCAUUCGAAAGUGGUGGUGAAACUUCUUUGGAAUUCUUCUCCCAAAAAACUGACUGCAGCCUUUUUGUGUUUGGUUCCCAUUCAAAGAAGCGACCUGAAAAUAUUGUGAUGGGGCGGACUUACGAUCAUCACAUAUACGACCUUGUUGAAGUUGGCGUGGAAAACUUUAAGCCUUUAAGCUCUUUCUCUUAUGACAAGAAGUUAGCCCCACGAGUCGGGUCCAAGCCUUUCUUUACUUUUAUUGGAGAAGGGUUUGAGACUGUGGAAGAGCUGAAGCAUCUGAGGGAAUUUUUGCUUGAUCUCUUUAGGGGAGAGGUUGUGGAAACAUUGAAUCUUUCAGGUUUAGACCGAGUCUUUGUGUGUUCUGCUGUCUCUCCAAAUAAAAUUGUUUUCAUGCACUGUGCUCUGCAAUUAAAGAGGUCAGGCACAGUUGUUCCUCGGAUGGAAUUGACUGAAGUUGGGCCAUCCAUGGACUUCGUUGUGAGACGCCAUCGUCUCCCCAAUGAGGAUCUCAAGAAGUCAGCCAUGAAAACAGCUUCCAAACUGCCCAAGAAAAAGGUGAAGAAUGUUAGCAGUGACAUGAUACAGGGAAGAAUAGGAAAGAUCUAUAUUCCUGACCAGCAGGUUGGAGGUGUUCCAAAAGCCAACAUGAAGGGGCUAAAGAGGGAACGCCGUGAAGGAAAGAUGAAGAAGGAUGGAAAUGGAGUUAAGCCAAAGAAACUGAAACCAAACCCAACAUGAAUAGGCACACAAAUGUACUAGAACAUUUCAAGAAAGGAGUAUUUAAGAAAGAUGGGCAAGGUGGGAUCUGGCCUUUUUGGGCAAUAGCGCUGUGACGAGCUUACACUUAUAACCAAUAAUUCUAGAGGCUGAAUCCCAGGUCAGAUCUCCUCCUAAGGUUUUUGUAUCACCACAAUUUUGACUAAACGAAAUUGCUUUGAAGUUUUAAGCAAGAGCUAUGUUUUGAUUACCCUGGCAUCAUUAACUCUUAAAUCUUGUCUUUGCGUUCUACUUGACUCCUUAUCUGUAAGCAAUGAAUUUCAGUAAAAUUCAUUUGAGAUAAUCUGGCCUGGAAUUUGUGAUUAUGAUGAUUUAAGAAAUGAUGGCAGGUGAAACUUUGAUCCCUGGUGCA